AUGAGGAGAUCUUUGUGUUCUGAGCUCUUUCCUCAACUUACUUCAUCCACAAAACACACCGUUAAUACAGUAAACGACAGCGCUCAGGACAGAGAGGCAUGUGAGGAGAGAAAUUUACAUCAGCACGGAUCUGCUUACCAGAGGGGAAGCAAUGCUGACCAACUGUCCAACAAGGGGCAGGCGUUGGCUAAAAGUCGGCGCUUGGCCGCACGUCGUCCGAUCUACAUGUUCAGCGCUCGUUGUAACAGCCUGUCCAUUACUGAAGAGCGUUUCCUCGAGGCGGCCGAGUAUGGAAACAUCCCCGUCGUGCGCAAAAUGCUGGACGAAAUACCCGAACUCAAUGUCAACUGUGUGGACUACAUGGGUCAAAAUGCCCUACAGCUGGCGGUGGCAAACGAGCACUUGGAGGUGACAGAGCUCCUGCUGAAAAGAGAGAACCUGGCCAGGAUCGGGGACGCACUGCUUCUGGCUAUCAGCAAAGGCUACAUUCGGAUCGUAGAGGCCAUACUGGCACAUCAGACCUUCACCGACUCCUUCAAAAUAACCAACAGCCCCCUGCAGACCGAAACGAACGACGACUUCUUCGCCUAUGAUGAUGACGGCAUGCGGUUUUCACACGACAUCACGCCCAUUAUCCUGGCCUCUCACUGCCACGAGUAUGAAAUCGUUCACAUCCUGUUAAGGAAAGGGGCUCGUAUUGAGCGACCACAUGACUACUUUUGCAAGUGUAAUAACUGUGCUUACCACCAGAAGCAUGACUCUUUCAGUCACUCUCGCUCCCGUAUCAAUGCAUACAAAGGGCUGGCCAGUCCGGCAUACCUCUCUCUGUCCAGUGAGGAUCCGGUGUUGACUGCACUGGAAUUAAGCAACGAGCUGGCCGUGCUGGCCAACAUAGAGAAAGAAUUCAAGAACGAUUAUCAGAAGCUGUCCAUGCAAUGCAAAGACUUUGUCGUUGGACUUUUGGAUUUAUGUCGCAACACAGAAGAGGUGGAGGCCAUCCUGAACGGAGACACUGAUUUAAAUGACUGUGACUCGACGGGCAGACCGAAUCUCAUUCGCCUAAAACUGGCCAUCAAAUAUGAGCUUAAAAAGUUUGUUGCUCAUCCAAACUGUCAGCAGCAGCUCCUCUCCAUUUGGUAUGCAAAUCUGUCUGGGCUUCGACAGCAGACGACAGCGGUGAAGCUGUUAGUGGUGUUCGGGGUGGCCGUCGGACUGCCGGUUUUAGCCCUGCUCUACUGGAUAGCACCAUCAAGCAAGUUAGGUAAAAUCAUACGCGGUCCCUUCCUCAAGUUCGUGGCCCAUGCGGCUUCCUUCACCAUCUUCCUGGGUUUGCUGAUCAUGAACGCAGCGGAUCGGUUCGAGGGAACGACUCUUCUGCCCAACAUGACCAUCCAUGAUCAUCCUGCACAGCUUUUCCGCAUGAAAACCACCCCUUUUACCUGGAUGGAGAUGCUGAUCAUUUCCUGGGUCAUAGGAAUGAUUUGGGCUGAGUGCAAAGAGAUCUGGUCUCAAGGUCCUCGGGAAUAUCUGCUGGAACCCUGGAAUCUGUUGGACUUUGGGAUGCUGGCCAUAUUUGUAACGGCAUUCAUGGCGAGAUUCAUGGCGUUCUGGCACGCGUACACGGCGCAAAACUACGUCGACGAGCGCUACACUGACCUCUCCAACAUAUCGUUGCCUUUCGAGAUUGAGUACUACCGCCUGGCUCGAGUGUACUGGGUGCCAUCAGACCCCCAGUUGAUCUCGGAGGGUCUGUAUGCCAUAGCAGUAGUGCUAAGCUUCUCGCGGAUCGCCUACAUCCUGCCCGCCAACGAGAGCUUCGGCCCCCUGCAGAUCUCACUGGGCAGGACUGUCAAAGACAUCUUUAAGUUCAUGGUGAUCUUCAUCAUGGUGUUUGUAGCCUUUAUGAUCGGCAUGUUUAACCUGUACUCGUACUACCUCGGGGCGAAGUUAAACAACGCCUUCACUACUGUGGAAGAAAGUUUUAAAACCUUGUUCUGGGCUAUUUUUGGACUCUCUGAGGUCAAAUCAGUCGUAAUCAACAAUGGACAUAAAUUCAUUGAAAACAUUGGCUACGUUCUUUAUGGGGUUUACAACGUAACUAUGGUUAUUGUCCUCCUCAACAUGCUCAUCGCUAUGAUCAACAGCUCCUUUCAGGAAAUUGAGGAUGACGCAGAUGUGGAGUGGAAGUUUGCCAGAGCCAAGCUGUGGUUUUCCUACUUUGAGGAAGGAGGAACUCUUCCAGUGCCUUUUAACCUAGUUCCAAGCCCAAAAUCUGUACUUAAUCUGUUUCUGAGGCUUAAGCACAUCCUGUUACCACCUCUGCACACACAUAUGGACAGUCUGAAGGAGGACUCAGAGCUCAAUGAACUGGGCAAACCAUCACAAACAAAUUACACAGGAUCACCUCAAUCAAGUCGCUACCAGAGAAUUAUGAAACGACUCAUUAAAAGAUACAUCCUAAAAGCACAGAUGGACAAAGAGAGUGAUGAAAUAAAUGAAGGCGAGCUGAAGGAGAUAAAGCAGGACAUUUCGAGUUUACGCUACGAGCUCUUGGAGAAGUCUAAUGAGACAGAACAGUUGGCCGAGCUGAUCAGGACACUGGCGGAGACACUCGGCAUGAAACACAACCACUAAAUGACCUUUUAAUGUGUGACAUUUAAGCACCUCCACCUAAAGUCCUGUGAAUUUAAGGGUCUGCAGCCAUACUGACCUUGGGGUUACAAGUGAUCAAUGGGAGGAGUAGAUCAUCAAAAGGGUUCUGAUGGCUCGUCCCAAACACUAUUUAAAUAAUAAAUAUGCAUAACAUUCAGGGUAAAACCCCACAUUUGGGUUUUUUGAGUUUACACUUUCAAACAAGUAUUUAUCAAGUCAGUGUUUACUAUUAAUUUUGAUGAACCUACAUUGCAGUUGAUUAAAAAGAGAACUUGAUACGAGACUUCAUGAGGCCUGGCAUUGUCUUGCUAAAACAACACCAGGGAAGUCACCACCUUGAUGGCAGCAUAUGUCUUUGUAAAAAUACGUCUCUGUGUCAAUUUACAUAUAUGCAGGUCUUUCUGAUGCACCCCCAUACCAUCACAGAUCUUGGUUUUUGCACCUUUUAUUGACAACUGUCAAGAUUUUCCCUCUUGUCAUUGACACAACUCCAUGUCCAUUUCUUUCAAAAAACAAGCAAAAACAUGGACUCAUUGGGUGUGUUCGAAAAGCUAGUGCGCUCUCUACAUAGACGCAUUUUACGUCAUUCUACGCGCGCUCCCGAGAAGGAGGCUGUUCGAAAUGCCUUAAUAAGCUGUCUAGUAAGGCAUCUUAAAAUGUCAAUGUUAUUUUGACUCAAGAACGAGUGAGCAUCCGAUGCAUACUUAGUGAUCAAGGCAAUCCCAGCAUUCAGUGCGGCAGCUCUUCUCUCACAGAACAAUAAAAAAAGCAUGGCGGAUGGUGCGGAGAAACGUAAAUAAAUUAUUAUUGAUUUUGAACUUUUA